AAAAAGAUGGACAAAAUCGAGAUCUCCCAGUUACUCAAUUCCGACCGUAAACUCCGUGAAUUCCUCGACCUAAACAAGGAGAAAUGUCCUGCCUACGAGAACCUGGGUGACUCAAGAGAGUGCGUGUUCAGGCACAUGAACUGGUUCUACACCAAGAGGGGGAGGAAGAAGGAGAAAAUGAGAAUUUCAGAAGAGAUGAAGAGGUCACUGGGCAGUGAGGAGUAUAAAGAUGAAAUUACUGAGAAAUCUGAAGACUCAGCAAAAUCUAAAGACCGCAAAUCUGCUGAGCUCACUGAAGAUGAGAUUUUAGAGCUGUUUAAGAACUGCAUCGAGAUGCCCCAGCAUAUACCAAUAAUAGGUUAUCUUCCUCAUGAAUAUGGGCAUGACAAGAGUGAGAUCCCGAGCUAUAUGAUGAAAUACAUUGAUGAUGAAAUCAAUAUCCAACCAAGGAUGCUUUUGAAUUUACAAGCUCUGAAUCCAAAGUUGAAGAUGGAUGUUGGUCUGUUUGAUCAUCACCUCUUUUUCUCGCUUUAUCCAAAGCAGAUCAAUGAUAACUUCAUUGAUAUGCUUGAGAAAUAUGCUAGAGAUCUGAAGCAGAAUCUCUAUUCAGAAGAUUUUGCAGGGUUCGAAAUCGUGAUGAACUUCUGUCAGUUUGUCACUAAUCUGUUCAUAUUCAAAUCUUAUGUGGGCAAGGCCCAAGUGAUGUUGAAUCUGGCAGACAUUUGCCUAGAGUUUUGCUACCUGCCAAACCCUUGAGGAGAAAUGGCCAACCGUAUGUGUCAAGUUAUCGAAAAUGAAGCUUAUUUCCCAACAAUUUCUAAGAUCAAGAGACUGAUUGAAGAUUUCCCUAAGAUAAUUGAAUUUGAAAGACGAGGAGAAAGAAAGUCUAUCGCUCAUUUUCAGAACGUCUUGGUCUACGAGACCAAGUCUGAUAUCAGACGGUUCUCUGAAGACCCAAGAAGUGGGAAUAAGCAGACAGUCAAUUUGAUCAAACUCUUAGGGAGCUGUAAGACUAAAGAGCUUGUAGCCUCUGACCUGGGCCAGUACAGAUAUACUUUUAUCUACAAACUGCUUAAGAGCAACAAGAAGCAGAAGAGCAUGGUGAAUUUCAUGACUUUCUUGAAGAACAUCCCUAGUUCCUACAUUUGGGAGCUCUUCCUCUCGGUACUGGAAAUUGUGACAAAAGUUGAGCAAUUUGAAGAAGAAGGUAACAUUUCAGGCAAUAUUGCAGCCCAGCUUGAGAAACUAGCUGAGGAGAGCAUCAAAAAUAUGGUUGUAGCGAAAAAGAACCUUGUUGAGAAUAAGCCUAAUUAUAAAUACCCAGAAUUCAAGAUUAACUUUGCCCAUGAUUUUGUGAAGGAGACUUCAGAGGGAAUUUUUACUUUUAAUAAAGAUUCUGGUGCUUCAGACAAUGACUUUGAUACUAGUACGAUCAAGAGCUCACAUGAACAAUCUACUAAAUAUACAACAGGGACCACUAAGACUGAUGCUCAAAGCAAGGAGCCUCAAACAUUUGAGGCUUAUACUUGAGAUGAGUUGUUUUACAAAAUCUUGAAGAAACUGUGUGAAAAUUCAUUGAUUUAUAAACCAAAUCUGAACGAAGAAGAGCGCCCAUUCUUGGGUCUUGAUGUGUUUGAUAUGUCAAAAUAUAAGUCGUCUCCAAUCAGAGUACUCCUACCUGGCUCUGACGUAGAAAUCAACUCGUUUAUUCAUAAUCUGACUAAGAUCCCUAAUGUGAACAAACUUGACCUGAGAGUUUAUCUAAUUCCAUCGAAUAACAAGGUCAAUACUCUUGGUGAUUUCUUAGCAGCUCAUGACAAUCUGUAUGAGUCAUUGAUCUACCGUCCCUUCUUGGACAAUCCAUACUACAAGAUAUUACCGAAUGAGAUUUUUGAAGGUGAAGGGUUUCAAGAAUUCAUACAGAAUAACAUGGCAGAGCCUGGUAGCGGUGACUUUUUCAUGAAAGAAAACCAGAACAGUAUGCUUGACGCAUUAGACCAUAACCUCCAGACUUAUUUCAGAGAAGCAGUUGAGACUUAUGAGGUGAAGGUCUAUGAACUCUCUCUGAUCUGUGAGAACCAAGUCAACACAUUCUAUUUUUGCUGUAGAGUUGAACUUGGCUGUGAGAGCGCUUAUUACGAUGCUGCCUGGAACUCGAAGAAUAUGAGUGCCUUCGAUGAAGAGAUCCUUCUCUACUCACCUGUAGUUGAUAUAUCUAAGAAGGACAGAGUUCUCCAGAUACAAGAAGAGCUCAUGAAUUCAUAUUAUGAUGGCUCUGCGCCUACUUUUCAAGCAACUGUGAAAGUGAAUAAGAUGGACCCAUUACAGAAGGAGUAUAACUCUAGUGAUGAGACAGCUUAUAAUAGAAAUAUUACUAUGUGAUAUCUGAAGGUGAUUAAUGUACCAACAAUCUCUGACAUCAACUAUAAUGACUGUGAGCCUAACAAGAAUAGUAUAAUCAUUGACUAUGUCGAUGAUGUCUCAUACGAGAUUGAGCAACAGGAACUGGAGGCCGAGAAAGGUAGGAUUAAGAUGACCAAGAUUCCUCAGCUUUAUGAAGCAAUCAAAUCUAUUCAUGUAUAUCUACAUGUUGGAGAAAUCAGUAUUUUGUUUGGCUCACAGUUUAUCAGACAUAGUGUCAAGAAGCAGCAAAGUGUGAGCACAGAGGAAAAUAAAAUUGAAGAAGAAAACGAUUUAAGAGAUAAAAAGCUUAAUCCUUUAGCUGAAGAUUUAGAAUUCAACCCAGAUCUCAAAGAAAACUACCCUCCUCCAUACAUAAUAGUAGAUGGUAGGAUCAUAGAAGUGCCACCAAAGCUUAAAGAAAUCAGAAUUAAGAGGUGUAAAAAGUGGACUUUGCCAAUUAUGACCUUUAUGCCUAUCAACAACAGCCAUAUUCCAAAUAGUAGGUUAUAA